GGUGCAUCGGACGUAAACAUGGAGGAAAGAGAAGCGCUGAAGAGGCAGAUUGAACUUCUACAAGAUCUUAUCAAUAAGCAUAAGAGCGUCCAUGGAGAUGCACCGGUUCCUGCAGCAGAGCAGAGGCAGCCUGAGGUUUCUACAACAGCCAGAGCUUUCAACACGUCUGCUGUCCAUCCUCACAUCUCCAGAGGGAGGCCGUAUGCUCCUCAGAGUCGUGGAAGUUGGAGGAAAACAUACUCUCUGAGGAACAACUGCCCCCAGUCAACAGUACCAGCACCCUCAGCUGUUCCCUCCACUUCCCUUUAUCCAGCUACCUCCCAGUAUGGAACUAGCAGCAUCUCUGCAACAAUCAGCAGCACAGGGCAUGAACCUAACUCCAAAGCUGCUACUUCUUUGUCAGGGAAUCUUAUGCAGAAGAAAGCGGGAAUUACAGUCAGGAAAACUGGAGUGAGUGGAGCAGCAGCAGAACGAUUAAACACGCUUUCUGAAUGGCAAGGUUCAAGUUCAAGUAGCACGAAUAUCCAGCCAGAUGCACAAAAGGCUGAAAACAGGCUUGUCAUUCUACCAGCAGAGAAAACUGAAGCUUCAUUCAAGGCUCUCGCUUCUGUUAAUGCCAACAGGUUAAGUUCUCAGAGCAAGAUUCAAAUACAGAACAAACUUUACCUAAACAAGAAAACCGGCCCAGAAACUUGCAAGACUACUAAUUCUCCAACCUUACCUUCUCUUUCCAAAGAAUCAAAACACUCACCAGAGGCCCUCCAUGGCCAGGUUAAUGUGCCAUUUCUAAAAAAAUCCAAGUUUACCUGGGUGAAGAGUCAGACUGUGAGCUUGGAGCCCAAAGCAGCCAGCUCUGUUUCCAUACCGAUGAGCAGAGUCACAGCUUCUCAGACAUCUGUCCUCAAAGCUGCAGCAACUGCUGGGAGUCCGUUAUCAGGUGGAUCAAGUAAGAAAACGCCUCCCAGGAAGUUUCCUCGAAAGCUCAGUCCUGUCACUGUAGCCCCCAGAACUUCAAAAUACAGAUGGGUUUCUUCCUCAGGAGUCCAAACUAAGAAUCAGCGCAAGCCUUUGUCUCCCAAAGCCCUGAUUAAUCCUCAGAGAGAUGUUGCCAAGAAACUCAAACCAGCCUCUACACCCUCUGGAAAGCCAAAGAGGGGAAUCGCAGCUUCUUCUGCCAGCUUAACACACAUGAGCCGUUACCGUUGGAAGGCCGGAGGUCAGACUGCAGCCGGGUCGGUGACUGGAACUACACCAGUGGCUCGUCGUAGAUCCGCCUUCCACUGGACAGCAGAGAAAAGUAGCAAAGGGCUGAAAACGGGACAUCCUUCUCCUACUGCCCCUCAAAGAGCGUACCUUCGCUCUUCCUCCCCUGCUGGGUUCAAGCUCUGCAGCAGAAUGAAAAUUAUCAGGAAGUCCGGCAGCAGUGUCGCUGCAACAGAGAAGGUGAGCAGUCUUGCUACAGGAAAGUUUCCCCUGCGUAGAAUGUACUCCUUCACCAGGAGUCCUGCAGGAGUUCGGAGGACGCCUCCCAGGGAACUGGUCUGCUUUGGCAGACACAAGUUGAGGCGUCUCUCCCCGACCUGGUCAAAAACAAACGCUGUCUCCACAUCCCAUCUAAGCCCUGCCUCCAAGCGGGUGUUUAGGACCCGCUACAAGAUGGUGACCCGUCCGGGUACAAGUGCUGCACACACCCCGCACUACAAUGCUGCGCUCUCCUGGCGAGCCAGGAAGAUCCAGUCAGCCAGGACUUUCCUUCAGAACCGCCUACGAUCUCCUCAGGACAGGCACCAACCAUCCAGCCGGCGCUGGACGGGGAUGGAGAUGUGCUGGAUCCGAGGGUCGCUGUACCGGGUGUCUGCCAAUAAGCUGUCCCGCACAGUGGCAUUACAGACGUCGAUCGACCGGAGAGGAAAGUCCUCCAGUGCACACACGUCUCCGGCCCUGGCUCGUCAUUUAGCCAGUCGUGCAGUCCAGCGGAGCAUUGCCAUCAUCAGACACGCUCGUCAGAAAAAGCAACAAAAGCAGUACUGCAUGUAUUACAACCGCUUCGGCAAGUGUAACCGUGGCACAAGCUGUCCCUUCAUACAUGAUCCGGACAAAGUGGCUGUCUGCACAAGAUUUCUCAGAGGGACAUGCAAGCAGGCAGAUGGCACCUGCCCAUUCUCCCAUAAGGUUGCCAAAGAGAAGAUGCCGGUGUGUUCCUACUUUCUGAAGGGCAUCUGUAACAACAGCGACUGUCCCUACAGCCACGUUUAUGUGUCUCGUAAAGCUGAAGUGUGUGAUGACUUUGUCAAAGGCUACUGUCCAGAAGGAGAGAAGUGUAAGAAGAAACACACUCUGGUGUGUCCAGACUUCUCCAAGACCGGCUCCUGUCCACGAGGCUCUCGCUGCAAAUUGCAGCACCGCCAGCGGGUCAAGCGCAGCGCCAGCAGCACUUCCACCAUUCCAGCCAAGAAAAGUCGCUCUAAAGAGCCUAUGAAGAGGCCUCAUCUUUCCGUCGUCAUGCCGGAGAACACUCAGGCAGCUUCAGGAAGACCUAUUGCGGGUCCUCUGGCUCUACCAUCCUUCAUCUCUCUGUCCAGCUCCCCAGAGGAGGCAGAUGCACCGGAUUCACCUCAGGCUGACGCAACACAAGUCAAAGAGAGAAAGCUGCAGAUCAAACCCCGUCUGAAAGACCAGAGAGACUGAAGCUGGAAAUAUCUGACUGAUCUGGGAUUUUUUGAGCCCCAGUCCCUUUCACUCAGGGCCCAAAAAUUUUAUCUUCUGUGGGUGUAAACAUAUUUUUCAUUAAUAAAUGUUUGUAGUCAAAGUUUUUUGCCCCUCUGUGUAUGUUUUAAA